AGUCUUUUGGGUUUUCAGCAGUUGGGGAAGGCCGGAGUUCUGAAGCUUUAAUCUGGGUAACUAAGGCUGGUUUAAUCUUUCGUAACUAAGGCUGGUUUGAGCAAGACUUUGGUAAAUUAACUGGGUUCUCAGAUGCCACAGACUCCGUGAGAAGUCACCAUUAUUUUUAGUGGCCGUGAUGGAGUCCCCCUGUAGCCAUUACUUUAAGAUUACAUGCAGAGUUGCUUUAUUUUGAGCUUUUUGUGUACACACAAUCCCAAACUGGAAAACUUAAAAAAGGAAUCCUGCUGUGAAAGGUAUAUAUUACUCUAGAUUUUUCUUAUUGUAAAUAUUGUAAGAUUGUAAUACUGUCAAUAUUUUAUUAACCAACAAAUGUUAAUCUAUGUGAAAUCAGACUUAUUUUAAAUGUGCUUCUUAUUUACUGUGUGUGGUCCCUGUUGCUGACAGUAUUAAGUUAUAUUCUGAUGUAAGAUUAACUUUAUUAAAGAAUGUAAACAUUAAUGUUUCCUUAUGGGAAAACAAAUAAAGUAUAAAGAAGACAAUUCUUUUCAUUGAAAUAUACUGUGUAUUUACACUUGCUAGACCCAGCACCACUUAUAAACUUAGUACACUGUCCAGUUUCAGUUAACACAGCUGACACGGUUGUGCUCCACUUGAAAGUCUAAGCCUUGGUGUUGUUGGAAUAUAAAGUUUGUAUUUGUCUGCUGUGAAUCAUCUUGAAAUUUCUAAUCAAGUUUGUAAAAUUUUUAUAGUAAAACAUUUUAAUGACAAUUUAAAAAUGAUCUUCUCUAAAGAAUGGUCAAAACAAUGUCCUUUCAGAACUAGAGCUGCUCUGUACUACCUUUCCAAAAUGACUUUGGUUAAAUGGACCAGGUGUAUAUUAGUUAAAAUCUAGGGCUAAGUUCUUGAUAUUCUUUGAGUUUACAAGUUAAUCCUUAUUGGAGUUGUGCCAAUAUACAAUAGAAUAUCAUUAAUUUGCACUGUUUGGGGACCCCAUUUAAGAAUGCUGAAUUUUGCCAACUAAAAAGUAAGCAAAUGCAAUUUAAAAAGUAAAUUUGAGCAUUCUGUGUUAAAUAUGUGCAGUUAUUAUCAUAUGAAGAAGCGCAGUGUGUUGGGCUGUAAUAUAACCAUAUUUGCUGUCAUGUUCUCCCAUCUCAGUGCUGGGAACUCACCAUGUGGAAACCAAGCAACCGUGUUGUGCAUCAGCCGGCUUGAGUUUGUUCAAUAUCAAAGCUGAAGCUAGCGAGGUCUGCUGUACUGCUUAUUGAAGUAUUGUGAUUCUUUUAGGCAUUGGUUCUUACAAAAUAUAUACUGUAACAGUAUACUUUGUACAGAUUUAAAUUUUAUUUGAAAAAAUGAAAUAAAGUAGGCAAAAAAUAAAGAUGUUUAUUUUUCAUGUGACUA